CGUGUUGAAAUCCAAUAUGGCCGCCAAUCCAGGAUUUAUCUGCUAGUUGUAAAAUUUCGUGAUUUUGGAAGAUAUGGUAUAAUAUAUUGUACCAGCGAAUAAAGCUAUGAUUUAUAAUAUCGUUGGGUGUCAUAUAAUUGAUAUUAUCCCAAACGUACCAUUUUAAAACAUGGGUAAAGUUAAACAAAAUAAGAAGAAGAACAGGCACAAACCAACUGGUAUGAUCAGUGUUGAAGAAGCCGAACAGGAAGACGACAGAUCGGGACAGGCUGGUGCCAGCUUGGAGGAUAAGACGUUGCCGAUCUUGGAGAAGUUGAAUUGCCUGGAAGACCGAGCAUUUGCUUGUGCUGGUUUAGCAAACCUUGUUCUUGAAAGCGAUACUGUGCCUUCUCUUAUGAAGAAUGAGAUCGUUCGUCGUGUUGCCCCAUUAAUUCUGGACAAGGAAGAGAAAAUACAGGAAGCUGCUACUGGCAUCCUAAGAAAUUUAUCUCUCUGUGGCUUACCAAAUAUCUGUGAAGAAAUGCUCCAACAAGACCUAAUGACACCUGUAAUCUAUUACAUUAAACAGUUUUCAGAAAGAGUCCAAGCCAGCUCAGGAAUGGAAAAUAAGAUUGAUGAAAAUCAGUCUUCUGUUCAUGAGCAAGUCAUGCAUUUACUUUUGAACCUAAGUGAAAAUGCAAGUCAAGCAAUAAAGAAAAUUAAUGACGAAAACGUUGUGCCAAUCCUUACCACAUUUUUGGAUACUGAAUUGUUUGACAUGAGGAAUGUUUUGUUAACAGCUCAAUGUUUAGCCACAAUAACAGAAGACAAUCCUAUGGCCGCCACAACUUUAGCAGACUCUAAAGAGUCCUUAAAAAUUCUUGAGAAAAAUCUCUUGCGUGAUGAUACAACUGAGGAACUUGUAUUACUGAAAGUUCAUAUGGCGGGUGUAUUGUUCAACAUUGCUCAAAGCCUGCCAUCCCACAUUGUUUUUGAAAUGUUUCAAGCUAUUUGUAGCAUAUUUGGCAAAGUGUUGGGUCAUGAUGUUGGUCAGGAUUUGGAAGAGCUUUCAGAGGCAAAACUGGCCAGCUCUGAAGAAUGUACAAAGAAAAAUGGAAAGGUCCCAGAACAAAGAUGUGAUCCUGAUAAUGCACAUGCCAUGCAAAGGUUACACAAUCAUCUUGAAGCUCAGAAACUAUCAUUGGAAAUUUUAACAAAUAUGUGUUGCAGCGGAGAUAUGGAUGAUCAGAAUUGGGAGGAAGUGAGCAGUGAUGAACACAGUGCUGAAGAAUAUGAUUGUUGUGUUGAUACAGAAGUAGGUGUAACUUGCAUGGAUUGUAGCAGUCUUUCAGAGGAUAUAGUUUCAUCAGUUUUAACAAAUGGACUUCCAACAAAAGUUUUGGAGAAAUGUUCUUUUGUGCAAAUAACUGAGAAGAAUGGAGUUUUGAAAAGCAAAGAAUGCUCUGGUCUUUUGAAAAUAAUGGAGACAAUUCAGACGCGAGCCUUGGUUUGUCUGAACAAUAUGCUAUCAAGCAUUGACAGCGAUCAUCUUGGAGGAGCAGACGCUAUCACACAACUCUGGAGUAAAAUUAUAGAAAUAGCUUUUCAAAAUAAUGACUCUGCUACGGGGUUCACACGAACCGACAAUGAGUUUAUCGAAGCUGCAACCAGCGCCCUUCGUUCCGUGCUGGAGAAAAUAUCAGAUGUUGAAACCGAGUGUGUGACGGCAGAUCAAGUGAAGCUGUUGUGUCAUCUGUGUGGCGUUGUCAAGCUAGAACCAGCUCGGGUCAAUCUCAUGAAUGUUCUUGGAAUUAUUGGCAAGAUGGUGGUGAUGUCAAAUUCAACCGACGUUUUGGAACAUCUGCAGUGUAUCGGCAUUGUGUUACGUGACGUGGUUACCAGUGGCGAGAGUCUCUGGGUCAUCGCUGAGGCACUGGACGCUAUUUUUGACUUGUUCGCCGAUAAUCCCACAGCAGAUGUGGCUGCUGAAAAUAUUGGCCUACUCACACACUUGGAGAAAGUUGUUCCGGUGCUUAAGUCAAGGGUAAGAAAGGAAAGAUCCACACUCGGAGAUCGUAUUCCGAUUGUAAAUACAGCCAGAACUAAUCUUGUUCGUUUCAUCAAGUACAAGAAACAGAUAAGUUGAAGCCGUUGAUCAAAGUUUUAUCCAACAAUAAUAAUAAUAUAUAUAAGGGUUCGUUGCGUUUUCAAACAUAGGGAUAUGAUUUAGCAUCGACAUUCAAAGUUGGGUUAAAUUAUGUCAUAUGAAGAUAUGAACUGAAAUUACCACAGUCUACUGUUACCUCGAUACAAAAACUUAGUGUUCCUUCAGACCACAACUUCAGGACUGAGUGAAAUACUCAAGACAAUUUCAUGGAUGCGGAUUUGCACGUCUAAAACUACCAAAUAUAGAUAUAAGACAAUCUUGGACCUCUAGAGUGAAUGUAAUUUUAGAUAAAUAUUAACACACUAUGUUAGGUUUGUGGUAUGGUUUAUUUUUGCACAUACAUCAUAUUAUGUUCCGCGUUGUCAGUUGACUGUCAGGGUAAUUUACUGUUGUUGAUUAAUGAAGAAAUAAAAGAUAAAAAAUAUUGAUGAAAAAUAAUUCAAGCAGGAGUACAUUUUUCGUGAUAAGACACUGUAGUUUGAAGUUCAUGCAUGCAAUGUCUUGGAGAUGCAAAGUGAUUCAUUUGUGUUUACUAAAAGCUGUCUUGGAUAAACUACUGGCCUACGACGUCGUCAUAAGGUUCUUAGGAGUUAUAUCUUGUUCAUCUUUCAUCAAACAUUCUUCUAUUUAUGAAAUCCAGGCUUUACUUGCCAAUAACAAGUUCAUUAUUUUGCUCAUUCAAACGUACUUCAAAACUACGCGACUCUUCAGUCAUCCUCGAUUGUUUUUAGUCAAAGUAUUCAUCGUCCGAAUGAUCAUCCUGUUCUACCUCCUCUUCUUCCAUUUCGUAUUGUUGGUACUCGGAAACAAGAUCUGCAACGUUGGACUCAGCCUGGAGAUUAUGAAAAUAAGGUCGAUUAUCGAGGAAUACAUUGACCAACGAACAAAAAUUUUAUCCGAUAUUUUGAAAGGGUAUGAUAAGCGUUUUAUACCUGCCUUA